GGCGGUGACGAUGAUGACCGUGACGGUGGUAGUGGUAGUGGUGAUGGUGGUGGUAGUGAAAAAGUAUGUAAUUCGACAGAAUUCUAGUGUGAUAAUCAGGAGUGCAUUCCAAUUUCAUUGCAAUGUGAUGGCACUAUGGAUUGCUCAGAUGGGUCUGAUGAGAAAGAUGAAAUAUGCCAGACAAAACCUUGCAGAGACAAUCAGUUUGAUUGUGGAAAAGGCAGAAUUUGUAUUCCAUUAACAUUGUAUUGUAAUGGGAACAAUGACUGCGAAGGUGGUAUCGACGAAGCUACUUGUGAUUACCCAAAACUUAACGGAUGUCCGGACGACUUAACUGUGGGGACAAACCAAGGAACAAACUACACAGAGGUCUGGUGGACAGAGCCAAAUCCAUCCAGUUAUACAACUAUUAAGACAAAGGAACAAUCACACUCGCCAGGACAUAGAUUUGAAAUCAUAAAUGGAAAACGAACAGUUCAUACUGUGCGGUACUGGGUACAAGAUGUAUACCUAAGUGAUGCGCUAUGUCUCUUCAAUAUAACUGUCAUUGAUAAUGAAAGCCCUGUUGUAAAUUGCCCAUCGCACUCGAGCAACUUUGCUUCAAGAGAAUCUAACUCCGCUUGGUCAGUGUCCACAGACAGAGGCUCCAGGUUUGCUAGGCUAGAUUGGCCACCAGUUAAUGCUACCGACAACAGCGGCACUGUGGCCUCUGUUACUUCAAAUUACAAACCUGGUGACGUAUUUCGCGCCAGUAAUGUUGCAUAUCAGAUCACGUACACUGCAAUCGAUGAAGCUGGAAAUCCGGGAUAUUGUUCAUUCUUCAUUACGGUCCAAGAUUUGGAAAGUCCGUCAGUUGAAUGUCCAACCCAUAUAGAAACACGAUCUGCACUCGUAUCUUGGGACAUCACGAUUAGUGAUAAUAUUGCAGUAGUCCAUUACUUUACAAACGACUCUCGUGUUACCUCAACUAAUUCUUUACUAAAUGACAAGUCUAUCACUCUAGCACAAAGUGGAAAUUUUCCUGUUGGUACAACUUUUAUUGAAUACAUGGCGACAGACUUAGCUUGGAACGUAGGAAAAUGUUUCACCAAAGUCACUGUCCAAGAUACUAAAAGGCCGACAAUAACUUGUCCUAGAACUUUCUCUAAUUAUUACGACUAUAUAUACGGGUUUCAUCGCCUUGUUACUGAUUAUGGAAAGUCUUACGCAACAGUCAUAUGGUCGCCUCCAAAAGUCGAGGACAAUAGUGAAGGGCCUGUCACGUGGGAAAGUUACCCAUAUACAUCUGGUGAUAAGUUUCUUCUUCGAGCAUUCCCACCAUACACUGUGAAGUUUACUGCAUCCGAUUUGAUUGGCAAUAGCAAAUCCUGUUACGUAUAUUUCACGGUAAUAGAUAUCGAACCGCCAACUAUCACAUGCCCGACAAACAUCACAAACUACUACGACACAUUAUUCGGCAUUAAUAGAGCUGCACUCGAUCCAGGUUCUUCCACUAGUACAGUCACUUGGGAUGGUCCUACUGUCUCGGAUAAUAGCGGACGUGUGGUGAGUGUGACGUCAACUCACCAAUCUGGAGAUACUUUCGCGCCAAGAUUCUACCCUCCGUAUGAAGUGGAGUAUACUGCCGAAGAUGAGUCGGGAAAUACGAAUUUUUGUAAAAUUCACUUUCUCGUAGCUGUAAAGUCAGCCUCUAACUUAUAAAACUCCUUUAAUUAUUGUUUUGAUUUUUUUAAGUAUUUGGAAUGUUUAAUCUUAAAUUUUAAAUACAAUAAUGAAACUUUAAUAAUAUACUUUUUAAAUAAUUGUCUUCAUAAUGCACAUUGAUUGUUUGAAAUAUAGUUUCGUAUAGUUUCUAUAGUUAGUUAUUGAUGAUCAUGUACAAUUUUGUAUCGUAAAGUUCAUAAACGAUAAUUUUCCGAGCAUGGGAACACCGAUAGGUUAGGUUGUUUAAAGAGAUGAAUAAGAGAAUACAUUCCUAUAAUAUGAUUGAGUAACAUCACCGUUUUUCAAAGUUGUUAUAAACUUAUUGUUAAUGUUUUUACUUAGUAAAAUAAUUAACCAGAAAUUAUUCUUAAUAAUAGUUAAUGGUUUUGGAUGUAGGCAUAAGUAGAACAAAAUACAUAGUUAAGUUCCUGUUAGUUUCUGUAGUUAUUGAUAAUUGAUCAUGUACAAUUCUGUAUCGUAAAGUUCAUACACCCCAAUACGAUACUGUUCCGAGCAUGGGAACACUGAUAGGUUACAUUUUUCAAGAGAUGAACAAAUGAAUUCAAAUAAUAUUUAAUGAUUGAGUAACAUCACCGUUGUUCUAAGUUUGUAUUAUUCUAUGUUAUAAACCUAUUGUUGAUGUUUUUACACAAUAAAAUAAAUAACCAGAAAUGAUUCUUAAUAAUGGUUAAUGGUUUUAAAUGUAGGCCUAAGUAGAGCAAAAUACAAAGUCUCUAUGCGCUGUAAACACAAGUGUAAAGAUGUUUGUAAAUGUAAAAGAAAAAAAAUAAUAAGGAUGAAAGUACCAAGCCAACCCAGACCCCUAACGACAGUAUGGGGAUACGCCCUCGUCGCUAACCAUGGACAAUAAAAGGUGAAUAUCGAAUAAAGGAGUACAUCGUGUAGCAGAUCUCAACGAAUGUUGUUAGUUGUUCUUUGCUUUGUAUUAUAAAUGUACUUCUUAAAUUUAUGUAAACAU